UCGAACAAUAUGAAUAAUUCAUCAACGGAUAAGAGGAACUUUUUUACUUUUAAAUAUAAUUCAAUAACGAAUAAAAUGAUCUUUGCACUAUCAAAUAAUGCGACAGGUCAAAGAGAUAAUUACUUUCAAUUAGUACGACUCAACAACAAGCCGGGCGAAUUUAUUCUUCAAUAAAACAACCGAACAACGGUCCGAAUAAACUUUUGUCUUUGUUUACUAACAAGAUAUUAGUCUUUCUGACCUAUCGAUGAAUUAUAUCAGCGAAAAAUAAGGAUUCGGGCAGAAAUUUGUGAAACGCCUAACAUGUCAAAGUGCAGCAGGAGACACGUUCGAAAUGGCGUCACGCUGUGACGAUAAUAAUAAUAAUCAGUGGAUUAAUUGUUGCUAAUCGUAAGCAUUUGCGGGUUGUCGACGUCGAUGGUUGAUGAGCUACUUCGCGAGCUAUUUUUCUAACUAAUUAAGGAUGACAAAUUUACAAAAAGGAUGGCUGCGGUGAUUCUGCCCGACUGAGUACAGAGAUCGUAGAAUUCGCAAUGGACAAUCUGUCGGAUUCCUUCCGAGGGGAGCUGGACUCCGUAACUUCCACGGAUUCUCUCCAAUUGAUCAGCGACGAGUUCCAAUUGCGGCACCUGUCAACGCCCGAUGUCUCAAAUAUCGAGCUGUCGAAACGAGUAGCCCUGCUGGAACUGGAGAACGAGCGGCUUCGCAUUGAUUUGGAGAACGUGCGGAUCGACCUUAACGCCAGGAUCGCCGCGAAUCAGGGUCUGAAAGGCAAGAUAACGGAGCUGUUUGUCGAGAUGCAGUCGAUGCAGCAGGAGAAGCAGAAGCUACGGAACACCUUGACCGACACCGUCAAUCGUCUAUCCUCCGCGGAGACCUCUGCGAAAUGGUACCAAUCUCAGGUGCACAUCCUGAUGGCCAGCAAGAAGAGCCUGCAGAUAGAAAUCGAGACCUACCAGAACAUUCUGAAGCAGAGGCAGCAGGCGAUAGUGGACGUAAACGCCAGCUACAAACAGCUCAACGCCGACUUCAACGAGCUCGCGCAGCGGUAUCAGAAGGAAAAGCGGGAGAUGCAGGCUGCGAUUAAGGAUCUCCAGUCGCACGUGCGGUCCGUCAGCGCGGCGCAGGACACGCUGGACGCGACCGGCAGUCCGACGGACGUGUCGAUGAUGCUGGAGGCGACCGAGGACGAGUUGCGCAACACCAAAGCCGAGAUGAAAGCCUUGGAGCAGCGGCUUCUGGGCGACGAGGUGGCCAAGAUGUCGAUGGAGAACGCCCUGAGCAAACAGCGCGUCCUGAUCUCGACCAUGGAGGAGAACUUGCAGAGGUGCGAGACGGAGAAGCACGAGGCCGCCGAUCUGCUGAGGAAGGCGCAGUUCGAGAUGCAGAAGCUGCGCUCCGAGAACGAGAUACUGCAUACCUCCUUGUCGGACUCCAAGCGGGAGCAGAGCCAGGUGGAGGACGCGAUAGCUCACCUGCGGAUACAGCUGAGCAAGAUGAUCGCGCAGUACAAGCUGCUGAGGACGAAGAACGCGGAGUCCGAGGAGAGGCUGAGCGGCAUGCGAGACCUCGCGAACGAGAACAAACGCCUGAGGGCCAUGUCGCACAAGGCGAACAGCGCUCUGCUGAAGAAGCUCAGGGAGGAGAAGGCGAGGAUGCGGAGUCUGGAGCAGAGGUUUUACGGCAAGCGGAUGAACGGUCAACUCGGCAACCUGAGAAACAGAACGGAGCACUGCUUACGGGAAUGCUUGAGACAGGUUCUGUCGAGAAAGGAUUUGCAGGACCGAUCGAAGUCGACGACCAGGCUGGCUGAUGAGAGUAUCGACGAAGGGUACGGCGACAGCAGCAACACCUCCUCGGUCUCGCUGGACCUCCCCUCGCCGUCUCCCAUCAAUUCAGUAUUAUUGAACAGUGCGACUGACGUUCUCGCGCGAAGCAAGGACUUCUGCUCGCCGAUGCAAGAACAACUGGACGCUCUCCGAUCGAAGCUGGAGGGACUCCGAGGCCAAUGCGAAACGUUGGAGGCCAACGUCUUCAUUCCAGGGUCAACGUCGUAAUUCCACUGAGAUAUUCCAAGCUCGAGGACUAUUUCUUGUUCGUGAUUAUGCGAACGGAAGGAUAGCCUCGGCGAAUAAGCGUAUAUAUUCCGUUUAGUUGAAUUUGAUUUGCCGUUGCCGGCAAAACGUCGUCGAUUUGAGGUAUUAUUGCGUUACGAGGAAUAAAAAAAAAGAAAUGGAAGAGAGAACCGUUUAUUACCGAUGGUACCGAGGGUGUAUUAUUAGUCCCUAAGUGUAGAAAAGGUUGCAAAGUGAUAUCGCGUUGAUAUAUUUAUUUGUUACGUUUUUGACAUAUUAUUAUAUAUAUAUGACUGUUACUAGUAUCUGAUAUUUAUUCUCGCCUUUGUAUCGGUCAUUCGUUUUCAUCAUUGAGAAUCAUUAAGAAGCGCAUCCUGCUGAACCGAGAAAGUCCGAAUCAGCUGUGCUUUUUGCGAACGAAUGUUGCGAAUCAAUCGUGGCAACGCUCUCCAUCUCGUGUAAAGCGCGACGGCCGUAUCGCGCGUUGUUGCGAUUGACGCAUAGCGUGCGAAAUGAGUGAGAAGAAGCGUGAGAGUGCGAAUGGCGGUUAAUUACAGAAACGUGAUAAAGAGAGAAACGACGUGGCGAUGCCGCGUGUGAUGGAAAAACAAGUGAACGAGAUAUUUAACCUGAGAAUAACAUCGCGGAAUUCGCGGUGCGCGAGUACUUUUUAUACUCCCGGAAAAAACUCCAGCGAGGAGAAGAAUGUGUGUACAGCGUGAAACGCUCGCGUGUCGUCUCGCACCGCGGAGAAACGCCAGGCUCUCAUGUGUGUAUACUUUGUACUUACAGCUCUGUAGAAACGUAUCGAAUCAGGGUUGGACAAUUGUAUUAAAUAUCCUCUGGCUCGCAUUUUGUAACACGGUUUGUAAGAUAGCGGUAAUAAAGUACGAGCCCAUUGAGCAAGACAA